AUGGCACUGUGUCUUGUACCGUCAGUCAAAUUCAACACCGAAACCGAAGCAAGUCAGUUUCUCAACCACAUCCGUGAUGUAUACGACGUUACAUACAAAGAUGAAGCCGAAUGCCGGGCAUACUGCUGGUUUCGCAAGAACGGUGACCCGAGCAUAGUCCAGGGGUUUGAAUUUUACGAAAAUGAAAAUGCCCUUGCAAUCACACACCGAUCCUCUGACCCAUACAAGAAGAUGAGACAGUUUCUCGGCACUGUGCAGAUCGGACGCCCGAACGGUAUAACACACCAACCACCAUCUUCCAUGACUCCAGUCGUGGACUCCCCUGCGUGA